GAAACAAAAUAACGAUCACUUCAUACUUCUGUAAUUGUUGGAGAUAAUAUCAUUGUCUCAUAGUACAAAGUUGUGUUAUUUUAGAUAUCGUAGAAGAUUACAAAAAUGGCUGAAAACUACGCCGCGGUGUUACAUGGACCUUACGACAUCAGAAUUGAAAAUUGUCCAGUACCGGAGAUCAACGAUGAUGAGGUGUUAGUUAAAAUGGACUGCGUGGGAAUCUGCGGGACUGAUGUCAAGUUGUACACGACGGGCGCUUGCGGCAUUGAGGCCGUCACCGAACCUACCAUCAUAGGGCACGAGGGCGCUGGAGUCGUCGUUAAAAUCGGUUCAAACGUGACAUCGCUAGCAGUGGGGGACCGCGUGUCGAUCGAGCCGACGCAGCCGUGUCGCUCGUGCGAGUACUGCAAGGUGGGGCGCUAUAACUUGUGCGUGGCGCCUCACUACUGUUCUACUGUCGGCGCCUCCGGCAACCUCUGCCGGUAUUACAAGCAUGUUGCUGAUUUCUGUCAUAAGAUGCCUGAUAACCUGACGAUGGAGGAAGGUGCAGCAGUGCAGCCGCUUGCGAUAGCGAUGCACGCGUGCAACCGCGCCGGCAUCAAGCUGGGGCAGCGCGUGCUGAUCCUCGGUGCUGGGCCCAUCGGCAUCCUGUGUGCCAUGACUGCCCGGGCCAUGGGCGCCAGCAAGAUACUCAUCACAGACGUGGUGCAAUCCCGACUGGAUACGGCACGCGAGUUGGGAGCUGACUACGCACUCCUAGUGAAGCGUGACUAUAGUGAUGAAGAAGUGGUGGACGGGAUCGUGGCACAGCUUGGUUGCCAGCCUGACGUCACUAUCGACGCCUGCGCGUAUGCCUCCGUGCAGAGAGUGGCUAUGCUGGUAACGAAGACUGCAGGCGUGGUGCUGGUGGUGGGAAUAGGCGAUAACAAGGUAGAGCUCCCGCUGUCACAAGCACUGCUUAGAGAGGUCGACGUGAGAGGUUCCUAUAGGAUUGUUAAUACUUACCCACCCGCAAUAGCAGCAGUGUCAAGCGGCGCCAUAGCUCUGAAGAAGUUCAUCACUCAUCACUUCCCGCUCGAGAAGACCAAGGAGGCGCUCGAGCUCGCCAAGUCCGGGAACGCCAUGAAGAUCAUUAUACAUGUACAGAGUUAAU